AAAAGGAAAGAGGCUCUAAUGGAGUCUGUUCAAAGAGAUAGUUUAGGCAGAAAAAGUGUAGAUGUCGGGUGAAAGGUUCAAGUCAAAAGUUUUGGUAUAGAAACUCAAAAAGCUGCUUAAGUUAACUUAGUAAAGUUAUAUUUGACCAAUGGAAUCAGCAAUUAACUAGCUUUGACGUAAUGGAGCCCUUAUCUUUGGCCAGUACAUUGACGAAGGACUAAUCAAAUUCUUCAAUCUUUAUAUGGAUGCUACUGUUGAUGAUAUGAAAUUGAUCAUCGUCUAUACUUUUAGGAUAUCUCUGAUUCUGGACACUUAAAAGCCCAUUACUAUGUGAUCUACUGCUCCAUUUGAAGAUACUUCUUGAACUUCAACUUUUCUGUUAAAGUCUUCAGUUUGCUACAGUGGAUACAUGUUUAAUGUAGAACAUGUUGAGACGUCUGAACUUAAGUAUAAUAUGAAGAUUCUUUGGAGCACCCAAGGAUGUGGCCUAGUGAUCAAUGAAGUGGGUGCAAACAUUGGUGCCCAAGGUUCAAAUUCCAAGAGAGACAGAAUAUUAGGUGAUUUCUUUGCAUCUACCAGAGCCUUAAUAGGCAGAGUUAUCUGGUCUGGUGAAAGAUAGCAGGUACCUAGUAAAAUAUUUGAGAUGUGAGCAAGCUGGCUCAAACAUCAUGGUUUUUCAAAAAAAACUAUUAAGUCCCUUUCGAUGUAACAUUGGUCUUACUGUGUCCUUUGCUGGCUUUUUUUGCGUGCUUAUAUAUUUGAUGAAUGGUUUUCAUUUGUGCAGAACUUCAAUAUUAGCACUUCAAAUCUGGAUGAUUUCUUUGGUGGUCCAGUAUUUCUUGCAUGGUCACGUAUGGGAAACCUACAUAAAUGAGGUGGGCCACUUCCGCAAAGUUGGUUUGAUCAGCAACUCAUUCUGCAGAAGAAAAUUCUUGGUAGAAUGUAUGAGCUUGGGAUGACACCAGUUCUUCCAGCCUUUUCUGGAAACGUUCCGGCAGCACUGAAGCGUGUAUUUCCAUCAGCAAAGAUAAGUCGUCUGGGGAACUGGUUUACUGUGAACAGUGAUACCAGAUGGUGUUGCACAUAUCUUCUUGAUGCAACUGAUCCUUUGUUUAUUGAAAUCGGAAAAGUAUUUAUUGAGCAACAGCUAAAAGAAUAUGGAAGGAGUAGCCACAUAUAUAACUGUGAUACCUUUGAUGAGAACACACCUCCUGUUGAUGAUCCAGAUUAUAUCUCUUCUCUGGGGGCCACAAUCUUUAAAGGAAUGCAAAGUGCUGAUUCAGAUGCAGUUUGGCUAAUGCAGGGAUGGCUUUUCACUUAUGAUCCUUUCUGGAGACCUACACAGAUGAAGGCACUUCUACAUUCUGUUCCUCUUGGCAAGUUGAUAGUUCUUGAUCUUUAUGCUGAAGUUAAACCAAUAUGGGCUACUUCGAAGCAGUUCUAUGGAAUCCCAUACAUAUGGUGUAUGCUACACAAUUUUGCUGGUAAUGUUGAAAUGUAUGGAGUUCUUGAUGCUGUGGGAUCAGGACCUGUUGAAGCUCGUACGAGUGAAAACUCAACCAUGGUUGGUGUUGGGAUGUCAAUGGAAGGCAUUGAACAGAACCCUGUGGGGCACGAUCUUAUGUCUGAAAUGGCUUUUCAGCAUAGCCCAGUUGAUGUCAAGGCUUGGAUAGAUCUAUACUCCAGAAGACGCUAUGGGAGAUUUCUUCAGUCCAUGCAAGAUGCCUGGAAUAUUUUGUAUCAUACCAUCUAUAAUUGCACUGAUGGUGCUUAUCACUGUCAUUGGAUUUUUGCAAGGUGCAGCAAUUGUCUUUGGAUGUUUCUGGUGCGCAGCAAAAGUACAUAGGGAAAGGAGCUACAUCUACAUCACUAGCUUGUUUAGCACUUGUAUUCUAAUAUUACUGCGGUUUGACGUUUCUCAGUGGACGUUAAAGGCAUACGUUCUGCUGGCACUCUUUAUGGGGUACCUUGUGCUAUAUAGCCAAGAGAUACUGUACAAUGCUCGCUUUGGAGAAAUCAACUUUGCCAACUGCGCAUUCACUAUCUUCUUCUGUUUACCAGCUAUUGUGGUCCAUGCUGUAAGACUAUGCCUGGGUGCAAACAUUGAGCAACACCGACAGAAUUAAUGCUGAUACACUUGGAACUAUAUAUAUACUUUGUGAUGAAGAAAACUUUGAAUAGAAUAUACAAUGUGAUGACUACAUUUUCUGUAUAUGAUGACUGCAUUUUACUGUAAACUCAUAGUCUGAAGCCAAGUGCUUUGAACAAAUAUACUUUGUGAUGAAGAAAACUUUGAAUAGAAUAUACUGCAGAAUUGUUCUUUCUUUUUUAA